AUGACUACAAAAAAUCAAAUGGUUAAUGAUAAAAAAUUAAAAAGUUGGUGUGUUAAGGAAAAAUUCACCGACACAUCUCCCUCAGUACCUUCCACGCCAGAACCUUUGGGCUUAGACUGUACAGUGGUGGGUGCGGACAAUGAAAGUGGUCGCGACUCGCCGGUUGACGUUUCGUCUACUUCGGAAUCGGGAGUGACUACAGCUUCGCAGUCUAGUGAACGACGAUCUCCGACUAGAAAUCCCCUUUUGCAAGAGAGGUGUACCAGUGAAGAGUUACGAAAUAUUACCUGUCAUUUAGAGACAAAAGAAUUGUGGGACAAGUUCAACGAGUUAGGCACUGAGAUGAUUAUCACAAAGACUGGAAGGCGCAUGUUUCCUACCGUUAGGGUUUCUUUCACUGGAAUUCGAACAGAACAAAAAUACGCCGUACUACUAGAUAUAGUUCCUGUAGAUAAUAAAAGAUAUCGGUACGCUUACCAUAGAUCGUCGUGGUUAGUAGCGGGGAAGGCUGAUCCUCCUGCUCCGUGCAGAACUUGCUCGCACCCCGAUUCACCGUUCUCUGGAGAACAGCUCAGGAAACAAGUCGUGUCUUUCGAAAAAAUCAAGUUAACCAAUAAUGAAAUGGACAAACAUGGUCAUCUGGUGUUAAACUCAAUGCAUAAAUAUCAACCCAGGAUUCAUCUAGUGAAACGGGCGGAAGGCAUGGCUGGUACAGUAACGGAUUUGGAAAAUGAAGAGUACAAAACUUUUAUAUUUCCUGAAACGAUCUUUACGGCAGUUACAGCAUAUCAAAAUCAACUGAUAACGAAGUUGAAGAUUGACAGCAACCCAUUUGCCAAAGGUUUUAGGGAUUCAUCUAGACUCACCGAAUUUGAAAGGGAAACAAUGGAGUCUAUGCUAGCGGAGCAGCAUUAUUUCCGCUCACCUCUUCGUCCCUUUGCAGACAUGGACACCCAUAACAACAAUCUAUCCUUAGAAGAAAAAGCUAUCCUAGCUGCUCGGUCUCAGCUCUUUCUACGAGCAGCUGCGGCUGCAGGCCCUUACGGUCCGUUGAUGGGAGGAUUAUACUCGGGUGCUGGAGGAUCUCAAAGUAAUCCUGUACCUCCAGGAAUUCUGUGGAACCAGUGGGCUUGCUUGGGCCCUUCACUACUGGCAGCUCAGCAUCAGCACCAACUCGCAGUAGCUGCUGCUGGUAGUUCACAGCUGCAGUCUCCAUUGGCGAGACCACUAGCGCAACAUAGAUUCUCCCCUUACACUCCCCCGCAAAGGUCGUCUCCCGAUACUAGUCUACGGGACGAUAGGGACUCCCCCAGUAGCCCGUUAUAA